AUGUGGAUCACGGAGCAGGAGGGUUACAAAAUGGGCAAACAACUCGACGAAGGGGUCUUAAAAGAGCAGGAACAAUACAAAGCAGACCUCUAUUUAAGACAGACUCGGGAAAGGCUAGUGGCCAAUUUUGGGGUGACGAACAGAGAUGGAAAGCGAGAUUCCACCGAUAUGGAGGCGGAAACGGAGAAUCACAAAAAUCUUGUAGACGACAAUGACAACGUUCCCGAGACUGGACUCGAACUCUUUGAAAUGGAGGUUCUCGAUCAUGAAGAGCCAAGCUACUAUGAAGGCGAAUAUCACCCCAUCGAGAUCGAGACCGAGAUAGGGAACGAUGGUGAGAGCGACAGAUCUGAAGUCGAGCAAGCAGGAGCCACUGAAACCAACGCCCUGCCAGAGAAUACCUUUAAAACCUGCAGCCACAAGCCUGAAGGCAAACAAGGAGCCUCCAAAACCAGACCCGCACAGAAUACCACCCAAGACUCCGAUGACGAACUCCUAAUCAGAGUCGUCGGCGACAACAAAAUCUACAAUACACCCCACCGCGACAACUUCAAAAGAAUGAUAGCCUGGCAAACCGAGAGAUACAUCCAAUGGGCCAGCAAGAGCCCCGAGUGGAAGAACAAAUCAGAACUCUGCGAGAUCCACGACGUGAAAUCAGCCCCAGACCUUCGGCGUGGAAAGAUUGGAAAAGGGAACAUGAUACUCAACGGGCAUUAUUGUGCCUAUGAUAGCGAAGGAUACAGCUGGGGUCGACCUGCUGCAGAGCUGGAAGAUGGUGCGAGACAAUUGGGCAAGUCGGAUGACUGGAUGUUUUAUGAUGAGCCUCGACGGUUUCUCAUUGCAUUGGAGAACUGGUAUUUUCAGCUGGACGAGGAAGAACGAGAUGAGCUUCAUGGAAGUGUGUUUGAGUGGUAUCAAUUUCGAGAUGCGUGUAUCGGAGAUUCGAAUUAUGAAGGCUGGGAAGGUGCUUUUGGCAACGAGAUCACGGGGUUUUACGUCAAAUAA